CUCUCGAACCGCAGGACAGAGAACUCUACAGCGUACUCCUUACUCCUUCACCCGGAGUCGUAGGACUCCGUAGUGUAGCAGACAGAAUUCGUCUUCCCCCCGCCUCUGCUUCUUUCAUUUCUAUUUCUCUCACCUGCUUUCAUUUGAUCCGAGGGAAUCCGAGAAGAACUUCGAGGCUGGGGAAGUGGAGAGCUCCGACGAAGAUGAUGAUGAAUGGCAGACAUGGCGGCGGAACUAUUGUAGCGGCUUCCGCGGUCGUCGGUGGCGUGGUAGCUGCUGUAGGCGGCGGGAAGAACAUUGAGGAAGAGCUCUCGCUUCCGAUCCUUCUCGCUGAGCGCGUGCGCAAGGCAGCGACCGAGGCCGAGUCCUUCAAGACGGAGUGUGCCGAGGUAGGGAAGCAAGUGGAUCAGCUCGCAACGAUGCUCCGCUCGGCCGUCCGCCGCGCCACGGCCUCUCCUUCUGUAUACGAUCGCCCUGUCCGCCGCAUCGUCGCCGAGGCCGCCAAAACCCUAGAGCGUGCUCUUGCCCUCGUUCGCCGCUGCAAACGCGCCGGCGUCCUCCGCCGUGUCGUCACCAUCACAACCGGUUCGACGGAUUUCCGCAAGAUUGUUCCCCUUCUUGACGCCUCCAUCGGUGACCUACGCUGGCUCCUCUCCGUCUACUCCGACGACGCCGCCGGUGGCGGCAUCGUCCUCAGCCUUCCGCCUAUUGCGAGCACUGACCCCAUCCUCUCCUGGGUCUGGAGCUACAUCGUCACCGUGCAGAUGGCCUCCUCAACUUCCGACCGCGUCGAGGCUGCCCACACCCUCGCCAAUCUUGCUCUAGACAACAAUCGCAACAAGAAGAUCAUCAUUGAGGAGGGUGGCGUGCCCCCGCUUCUUUCACUCCUCCGCGACGGGCCAUCUGUCGAUGCCCAGGUCGCCGCCGCCGCCGCCCUUUCCAACCUCGCUACCGACCCUGACCACGUUGCCCUCAUCAUCAAGGAGCUUGCCGUUCCCAUAAUCGUCCACGUCCUCUCAGAUUCUCCCAUGCGCCUCCAGACCCGCGUCGCUUCCCUAGUCUCCCGUAUGGCUUACCAUCUUCCGGUGAUCGCGCAGGAAGAAUUCGCCCGCGAGAACGCCGUUCGCCCUCUUGUCUCCCUCCUCUCCUUCGAAGUUCCUCUGGACGAGCCCAGACCCUCUGCGAGCAUCCACUCUCUCGUCCAGGGCAUGGCGAAUCUUCAGUAUCUGAAUUCUGCGGUCAUUGCUACCAGCGGUAGCGGCGGAAGUGGAAGCAGCCGAGGAAAAAAUUCCCGUGAUUACUACAAUCACAACCGCAAGGAGAGGGAGAGCGAGAGCUCCGAGGUGAAGCAAGCUUUAAAGAUUGCUUGUGCGGAAGCCCUGUGGAAGCUCUCCAGUGGAAGCGUCUCGAACAGCCGCAAGAUCACCGAAACAAAGGGCCUUCUUUGCCUCUCCAAACUCAUCGAGCGGGAAAGGGGUGAGCUUCAGCACAAUUGCCUCAUGACUGUCAUGGAAAUCGCUGUGGCUGCGGAGUCCGACGCUGACCUCCGCCGUUCUGCCUUCAAGACCAAAUAUCCCGCUGCGAAGUCUGUGGUCGAUCAGCUUCUGAAAGUUGCUCAGCAAGGAAGUAGCCCGGCACUUGAGAUUGCGGCCAUCAAGGCCAUUGGCUCGCUAGCAAGAGCUUUUUCAGCUAGUGAGACCCGGGUUUUGCAGCCCCUUGUUCUCCAGCUCGGGCACUGGAAUCCGGAUGUUGCUGCCGAGGCUGCGACUGCAUUGAGAAAGUUUUCCUGCCCCGAGAAUUACAACAGUGUUCACAAUUCGAAGGCAAUCAUUGAGUUUGCUGGCGUGCCACAAUUGAUGAGAUUGCUUCGCACAGGGGAGAAGACGCAGUUGCCUGGGCUUAUACUGCUCUGCUAUCUUGCUCUGCAUGCUGCGGGCAGUGAUGCUCUGGAGAGGGUAAAGGCUCUAGGUGCUCUAGAAUCCGUUUCACGAACUGCAAUUGCACAGCAUCCCAGCAUCAAGGAUCUACUACCUAAGGCAAUUUAUCAUCUUGAGUUGUAUCGUGUAGGUUCACAUAUUCAUAGGGAUCAAUAUCCGAUGUAAAUUCUUCUUCUGAUUAUUGAUUGCAUUUUGGCAUGUUACUUGGGCUUGUUGAGCUGGUCUAAUUUGUCCUGCCCUUUGGUUGAGAUUUCUUUUCAAUAAGUUUCAAAUCCGUGAUACUAAAAGGAGGGCAUGAAGUAGGGCAGUUUCAAUAAGACAGUACUGAGCAACAUCCAUUGAACAUGGGAUGCUUAGCGCUAGGUAGCUUACUUGAGUUAGGAUGCCGGUUUUGUUUACUGAAGUUAGACAAGCUCAUGCUGCCAUAUGCUGUUCCUAUCCUUGCAGCUAAAAAAGUCCCAUUAGUUUGUACAGUAAAGCAACUUUGCUCUUUAAAAUUAUUAUUGAGAGUUUGAUUUUUAUA